AUGAGCAGCCUCGAACAACCACGAUGGACCGCCCGCUGCUGACAUUAUAGCUUCACUUGUGCAGUGGAAACGACCAGCCCCGGCCAGCCCCGGCCAGCUCCAACCCCGUGCCCGGGAGGAACAACACGACAUGCAGUCAUGAAGCGGGUCCGGACCGAGCAGAUCCAGCACGCUGUGGCUCUGUACCUGAAGAGGAGGCAGUAUGUGGACACGGACGGCUCCCUGAAAGGGGCCAAGCUCUUCCAGUCGGCUGAAGAGAUGGCCGCCAGCUUGACAGUGCAGACAGAAUCGGGUUGUGCCAACGUCGUCUCUGCUGCACCGUGCCAGUCUGAUCCACAGCAGUAUGAGACGCAGUACUCCAGGCUGGUCACCUUUCUGGCAGAAACAGAAAUAUCCUGGGCCAAAGAAGUGAGCAGCAUCCUCUAUCCACUCUUUGUCUACCUCCACCUGGAUAUGGUGCGCUGCGGCCUAAAGGGGGCAGUGGAUGGCUUUUACAGUCGUUUCCAUGAUCCGUUUCUUCAGGACAGUGAGCAGCGUGCCAUCAUCGAGCAGCUCCGCCACGUUGUAACUGCACAGGAUGUUACAGCAAAUCCUAAGCUUCGAGCUUUUCUGGAGCACAAGUAUGUGGUUCACUUGACGGAGCCGGCUUACAGCUAUCUGCUACGUUACCUGCAGAGUGAGGACAACGGUGCGCUUUGCAGGGCCCUCAGCACACACCUGCAAGUGGAAGUCACUCCUUCCAGACGUACAGACUACCAGCUGUAUGGAGGUGCAGGCAGUUCCACAGCCGCCCCAAACUCCACCACCUCCUGGGCAGGAGUGGACGGUGCCGAGGGUGGGGACGGCAUGGAGGUCCCUGCAGGGAUCCCACAGAGCGAAGCAGCCCUGGAGGCUCUUCAGGAUUGCAUCAAGAAAGUCCGCGAAGGUCCCCCUUCGCUCACUACUAUCUGUUUUUACGCCUUCCACAAUACGGAGCAGAACUUGAACACCGCUGAAGUCUCGGCCGACAGCCGGCUGCUGGCUGCAGGCUUUGACAGCUCUACGGUAAAACUGUGGAGCCUUCGAGCUAGAAAGCUGAAGGCCAAACCACAUCAGGCUGACGUGUCACAUAUCCACCUGGCGUGUGAUGUACUGGAAGAGGAAGUGGAUGAAGAGAACAGCUGUGGCAGUGAAACAAAGACGCUGCGAGCUCACAGCGGUCCCGUGUAUCGUACUGCUUUCCUGACCGACAGCUCCGGCCUGCUGUCUUGCUCUGAAGACUCCACCAUCCGCUACUGGGACCUGGGCAGUUUCACCAACACGGCGCUCUACCAGGGCCACUCCUACCCGGUGUGGGACGUGGACGUGAGCCCCUGCAGCCUUUAUUUCGCCAGCAGCUCACACGAUCGCACCGCACGUCUUUGGACUUUUUCCCGCACCUACCCGCUGCGGCUCUACGCGGGACAUCUCUCCGACGUCGACUGCAUCAAAUUCCAUCCAAACUCCAACUACCUGGCCACCGGCUCCACCGACAAAACUGUACGGCUGUGGAGCACCCAGCAGGGAGCAUCGGUCCGCCUUUUUACCGGCCACCGUGGCCCCGUGCUGUCGCUCGCCUUCUCCCCCAACGGGAAGUACCUGGCCACCGCUGGAGAGGACCAGCGCGUGAAGCUGUGGGACUUGGCGUCAGGUAAUCUGUUCAAGGACCUGCGUGGACACACGGACAGCGUCACCAGUCUGUCGUUCAGCCCAGACAGUAGCCUGGUGGCGUCGUCGUCUAUGGACAGCUCGGUUCGGGUGUGGGACAUCCGUAACUCCCACGGCGGGACGCCGGCCGACGGCUCGUCCAGCGAACUGGUGGGACUGUACACUGGAAACACCAGCAAUGUGCUCAACGUCCAGUUCAUGGCCUGCAACCUCCUGCUGGUGACGGGAACGGCACAGGAGAAGGCAGAGCAGUAGCUGCAGCUCAUCUUUCUGUUAGUAUUUAGAGAGAAGCGUGAAUGUGUCCAGCUGUUGCCUCCAGAUGUGUCACCACUCAGGCUCUUGUUUGUAAAAUGGCACCACAUAUCAAACAAUACAAUACUUGUUUUUCUCCCUGAUUAUUUCAUACCAUAGGACAAAAAAGUUAUGAAAAAUGUUAGAAAUUCAUUGAAAGAUAAAUUUAAAUAUAACCAAAGCAGGUUUAGUAAAUAAUUCCUCAGUUUUUUUGCUACUAAGAGAUGUUACGUUUUAAUUCUUCGUUGUUGAAGAAGAACAUUUUUUUUAAGUGCAGCAAAAAAAUUAAACAAAUUUAUCCUGACAAAGUUCCUACACUUUUUAUUUUCCUUAAAUUGGUGGUUAAUGAUGCUGGUUUAUUUUCUCUAACGAUGGUUAGAUGUAUCGCUGCAUAGCGCUUUAAUCGCUGUACCUGCAGUAGUUGGCGCGUAAUGAGAAAUGGAAGUUAGGUGCUUUGAGAAAGUAAAGUAUAGAGUACAGUUUUGAACAAAGAUGACAAAAAGCACAGAGGAAGAGAAGCAGAUGUGACGCUUCCACAAGAUGAAGAAGUAAAAGUACAGGAUGUAGCAGGGGAGACCGAAGCCUUGGUUCUGGUCGAGAGGCACAGCGUUAUAAAAAAAAGAUGGGAAAAGGAAAAGUAUUAUUGAGUUUGAUUUAACUUGAAGCAUAGAGGAUUAAAAGCACAUAAAACAUUCAAGUGCUCACCAGACAAACCCCUUUAACGCAAGCACACAGUUAAAGCCCUUUUUUUUUUUUUUUUCAUUUCUCCACUUAACUUUUGUCUUUUUCUGCCAUGUGUUAUAGAAAUGUUCAAUAAAGAUCUCAGAAAGUGGAAA